AUGCCGGUUAUCGAUGUAGAGAACCUAACAGACUUGGAUAAGGCUAAAAUGGAAGUAGAUCAGUUGAAAAAAGAGGUGAAACUGGAAAGGGAAAAGGUGUCUAAAUGUUGUGAAGAAGUCAUGGAAUACAUUCAGAGUGGUAUGGAUGAAGAUCCCCUGGUCAAAGGCAUCCCAGAAGAAAAGAAUCCAUUCAAGGAAAAAGGUGGAUGUGUCAUUUGCUAAUGUGGACAGAAUAACUGCCCUAUUCCUUUUACAAUUUAGACUCUG